AUGUUUCUAAUUUUAUUUAUGUUUUCCACAGCUUUUGCUUUUUCCUAUGAUCUUUUGAAAGUUAUAGAAGAGUAAGUUCUAAUUCUCAUUAUUUAAAGCCGUCAUCGCCCUUUUUCCAGCAACAUCGAUAAAAAUGUCGAAGCUUGUGACAACUUCUACCGACACAGUUGCGCAAAACAAAACAACUCCCAAACAAUCAAGGAAUACAUGGAUUUCGGAUAUUCUGCAGAUUUAGAAGAAAUAGAUCAAAAAUUCAUAUCAAAUAGUAUUCAAAAAUCCAUUGUCAUUGCCAAAAAUCUUGAAGGUUCAGAAGAACAUUUCACGAAAAGUUAUGAAAUCGAAUUGAAAAACUUGUAUAUUGAAAAAUGUGAGAGGAACAACACCGAAGCUUUGAAAUUUCUCAAAACUUUGCAAGUGUUUUUCAAUCUGCAGGAAAAUGAAGACUGCAAGUGGUCAGAAUGUUUUUCAAAUUUGGCCAUGGAUUCAAAUUGUACUCGCGCAGCACAAACUUUAUACGAAGGAAUUAUUAUUAAAACUGGACUUGAUUAUUAUAAGCUUGAAAGUUUAACAAAAACUUAUCAAAAUGUAUUAUCAAUUAUUUGGCAUGUGCAAAACCAUGAAAAAUCUGCUGAAUUACGGAAAAUGUUCGAAUUUUUCAAGACAGAAUUGUUAUCACAAAUUGAGACAACUCCCUGGUUGAUAAAUUCAAAAACUGUGGGAAUUUUUAAAAAUAUCACAAGUCAAUUAUAUUUGAGUGAAAUGGAAAUUGAUAUUAAAACUGUGAUUGAAGAUUGGCUGCAAUUUCAGAAGAACUAUGAGAAUUGUACGAGCACAUAUUCCGAACUUGGACAACUUGCUAUUGAUUAUUGUAUCAAUAAAAAUCUACCAGAAAUUAGAGAGAUUGAGAUUUUCCAGAACAACGCGGAAAAUCGACAUCCUCAAAUUUUCAUCUAUAACCCCUUAACCGCUAUAAUGUCAAAAGAAGAACACUUGGCUCUAAAGGUGCUUAUUUUAAAAUUAUCUAACUUUACAAAACUUAAAAUUUCAGUAUGGAAUUUUUGGUGCAAAUAUUGGACAUAAAAUGGGUGAAACAAUUAUUGUGAACAAUUUGGAAGACGGAUUUUUCCCCUAUUUUUCAGAGAAUGUUAAAAAUUGUGUACAAGAUCAAUUUAAUGAAACUUGCCGAAUUUAUAAAGAGAGUAAUUGUACAGUUGGAGAUUUUGAUGAAAAUGGAUCUGAUAUUUUCGGCAUCUCGUUUGGAUUUGAUAGAUUGAAGCAAGAAAUGGGAGAGGAGAUUUAUGUGAGUAAUUAGGAUACUAAUUUUUAGGUUCUAAAAAAUUCUUAAUCAAAAGUUCCACACUAAUUUUUACAGAAUAAGAUUCCGGGAUCUAAAUUUGGUCUAACUCACGCGCAAGCCUAUUUCUACGCGGUUUCCAGUUGGUAUUGUGAUGUCAGUUUUUUCCUUUUUCUUAUCUUCAAUUUCUGAAAUUUUUCAGAGAGAUGAUGGAGCUAAUAAUGAUAGAGUAAAUUCGGGAGUUAUUCAAAGUCCCGAAUUUGAAAAUGUAUUCAAUUGUCCAAAAGAUAGUCGAAUGGUUCAAUCGAGAAAACAAUUUUGUCAUGUUUUAGGGGAAGAUGCGCCGCAAAAUUGA